GGGGAGAUUUAGGGGCUGAGCCUCUCCAGCUGGGAGCCUUUAAAAGCUGGGAUGCCAGACCCCUCAGCACUGACCGUCCUCCUCACCCUCCACUCUCGGGCCUCCACCCUCCCUACAACAUGGCGUUCAGCGGCAAGUUCGAGAUGGAGAGUGAGAAGAACUACGAUGAGUUCAUGAAGCACCUCGGGCUCUCCAGCGACGUGAUAGAAAAGGCCCGCAACUUCAAGAUCAUCACGGAGGUGCAGCAAAACGGGCAGGACUUCAUCUGGUCCCAGCACUACGCCGGGGGCCACACCAUGACCAACAAGUUCACCAUUGGCAAGGAGAGUGACAUACAGACCUUGGGGGGCAAGAAGUUCAAGGCCACCGUGCAGAUGGAGGGUGGGAAGAUGGUGGUGAACUUCCCCAACUAUAGCCAGACCUCGGAGAUCGUGGGUGACAAGCUGGUGGAGGUCUCCACCACAGGAGGCGUGACCUAUGAGCGCGUGAGCAAGAGACUGACUUGAGCAUCCUUGCCGGGCCCAAGGGGCUGCAAACCCGCCAAUAAAACUGAUUUAAGGAAAGACA